GUUGUGCACAUCCAAAAUGUUCCUGAUAACGACCUUCAUAUCAGGUACGCACGCGCAGACUUGGGGGUGGGGGCGUGAAGUGGCCUACCCUUAGGUUUUAUGCGCAUGCUCAGAUUCUUCCUCAAGCUCCUUGGCAGUUAGCUGCUGACGACCAGGCAGGCAAGAUGCUGUUGUUGAUGCUGGCGGCAGUGGCCACUGUGGUCAGAGCUCAGCCAGUGUGCAAGCAGCGCAAAGUGAGGACCGGAAAAGUGUUUGCUUCUAUGCCGCUAGCUAGAGGGGACCAGCUGUUCCAUGCCUACCCCAACACAUAUGUGCUCAGGAACUUCUGCAAGAAUAACAUUGUCCUGUACCUGGGGAGGAAGGUUUUUUUGUCCAAGGACAACUUUGAGAGCAGCCUCCCACCACUCAUCAUUCCCAAGUCAAUGAUGGUGGGAGUAGCAUCGGUCACAAGUGCUUUAUUUGCUUCUGAUUCUGUACUACUGAUCGUGGUGAAUCAGAAAAUCAUCUCCUACAAUUACAUCACGAACACCUGGAGUAAACCUACAGGUAUAUCAAGUCCGGUUUCACAUGUUAGUGGCGACACUUGUUGUUUUAAUAACCAGUUUUGCCUGGAGUUAUCGAAUAGUAUUUUUGUCUAUUUUCGUGGUGGUCAGCUGCCUAGGACCCAAAUAUACUUCUCUGACAAUGGAGGAUUCUCGUUCCAGUCCCUGCCUAGAGAGAGGCUGGACAGAUUUAACGGGACAUUAGGAGGCAUAUUCCACUUUCAUUCCAUGUCUCAGGUGGGGAUCCUUGAAGUUAAAAACUCUUUGGGUACAUUUCAUUACUUGGAGCACCCCCUGAACAACAGUGCAGGGGUACCCUUUGCGUACAAUGAACCUCUGAACGUCAUCAUCAAGGAAGGCCACAGAGGAUUUCUGAUCCUCUGGAGUUAUCAAACCCUGUAUGUGUCCCCCAAUGCAGGCCAGAUCAUGGACACCGUGCAUCUGUGGAAAGGGCAGAAAUGUCUCACCUUGGAUAUCUGCCUGACUGGCAUCACCAUCCACAGUGUUGCCUCGAAUAUUUAUGAGCUAGCUCUGCUGACAGAAGAUAAUAAUCUGUACUAUGGGAGUCAGGGUUACCUGGGAACUUCUGUAAUCCUGCUGUCGAAGAUGCUUCUACAGCUUGAUGACACAAGCAUCUCAUUUACGGACACUGGCGUGCUGGAGAUCCUCACGAUGGUGGCCGACCCACAGUUCCCAGCAUUUGACUUUCAGAAGUGCAUUGUGAAUGUGCAGGCUGUUCUCAUGAAUCCCAGCUUGGGCAUUGAACAGUGUAAUGUGGAGCUUCUGGAAAGCACCAUGGUAAAUCAGAUGUUCACAAUAGACAUGAACAGCAAGCUGGGUCUGUCUGCCCUCCUGAUACCUCGGCCGGGCAAGACCCUCACACCACUGGUGAUGGUCAGCAACCCCCAUUCCCUGGGGUUCGAGGCACACAUAGUUGAGUUUGGCAACACUUUCGACGGCAACUAUAAGUACAAACUGGAAAUUGAACUCCAGCAACAGCAUCACUGGGGCAUCGCGGACACCAGCUUCACUGCCAGCAUCAAGCGCAAUGCCAUCUCCUCUGUAACAGUGGAUAUAGCUGACAAGACAAUUGCAUGCGUGGACCUGAAGCCCCUGUCCACACUCAUCUCAGUUGGCUGUGAUCAGACCAAGAAGAUUCUCGUGCAGAACAAAAUCUCCGCCUGUUCCAUGGGAAUCCUCAACCCAGUGGACCUGCAGGGAAACUACACUUACACCAUUGAGAAGGAAGCCUAUGACCCAAUAAACCAUGAUGCCGGGGCCCAGAAUGACCUGCUGGUGUAUUACCAGUACAAGGACCUGGGCUGCCCUCGCCUGGUCUACUACGACAAGCCAUGGAAGCCUGUGGUGGAAGUGUGGAAGAAUGGGAUUCUAGAAGAAAUCAUGAAUGCUGAGUACGUGAUCACAGAGAUCAACGGGAUAGUCACCUAUUCAUACUCGCUGACGGCUGCCACUGCAAACUGCCGGUCACAACCUCAGAACUGGAGUACCUUUCAGACAGAGCUGGGCAAUGUAGACCAAAUGUCUGUCUGGAACAGAGAGAACUAUGUCAGCUGCCACGAGGACAACAAGAACAACCCCCUGCUAUGGCCAGAGGUCGAGUAUCAGAUCUUAGGUGGCCGGACAGACAAUAGGGUUAUUUUUGGGCAAAGAAAUGGAAUCUAUAUCUUCCUUCUGUCUGUGGUGGAUCCACACUACAGCUACUGCAAUCUGGACACCAUGUUCAGCGUGUACGUGUAUGGAGCCUUACCCGUGGCGAUGUUCCCACCCGUGCUUAGCAUCACACUGCUUGUCAUCAUGACGCUGCUGAGCAUAUGGCUGUCCUAUGCCAUUCCCAAGGAGCUAAGCACGGAGAGGGGCCAGCGCUUCAAGAACUUCUGUUCCGAGCUGUUCCAGAACUUCCUGGAGUCCUACAGCAGCAAACGGCUGCAGGGCAGACUGCAGUGGUGGCUGCGUUCCAGGAGAGUGAGGGACCAGACAGAGAGAAUCCCAACAGACUUUCAGAAACAGCAAAACACACAGAUGCGGCAGUGA